AUUAAUUUUUUUUUUUUUUUUUCAGUUUCAGUAGUGAGUGUAGUCGGGUCCUCCAGCAUCAAAUUUGAAUGCUGUGGUUCGGUGGUUGAAUCUCUAAACGACGUCGCGGCUCGAUUCGCUUCUCCCACAAGCAAUUUCGUCCCCUUUCAAUUCCCAAAUUCCUUUGAAGCUCCUGGAAUUUUACAUUUCUGUUUCUUUCACUGCAUCGCGAACGUGCCGGCCCAAGCUGAAUAUUUAAUAGAAAAGAUGGAUCCAAAUUCAGUGAAAUCGACUCUUUCUAAUUUAGCAUUUGGAAAUGUAAUGGCGGCGGCUGCUCGUGAUUAUCAAAAGGAAUUACUUGCUCAACAAAAGGCACAGCCAUCAAGCUCAUUCAACGAGGAAGUCGACCUUGACGAGUUGAUGGAUGAUCCUGAGUUGGAGAAAUUGCAUGCAGAUAGGAUUGCUGCUCUAAAGAAAGAAGCUGAGAAGCGAGAAGCCUUACAAAGGCAAGGCCAUGGAGAAUAUAGAGAGAUAAGCGAGGGAGAUUUCUUGGGUGAAGUCACUGGCAGUGAAAAAGCAAUUUGCCACUUUUAUCACAAUGAAUUUUAUCGCUGCAAGAUAGUAGAUAAGCAUUUGAAGUCCCUUGCUCCGAGGCAUCUUGAUACAAAGUUCAUCAAGCUGAAUGCGGAGAAUGCACCUUUCUUUGUUACCAAGCUUGGAAUCAAGACUUUGCCGUGUGUUGUACUAUUCAGAAAAGGGAUAGCCAUAGAUAGGCUGAUCGGGUUUCAGGAUCUAGGAGGAAAAGAUGAUUUCACUACCAGAACACUGGAGAAUGUAUUAAUCAAGAAGGGUAUUAUUAGUGAGAAAAAAGAAGAUGAGGUUGAGGAAGAUGAUGGAUAUCCUGAAAAUAGGCGCAGGACAGUAAGAUCCUCGGCAAAUUCUGAUUCUGAUUCUGAAUGAAAACGAUUUAAAGAGUAAGCAAGCAAUUCAAAGAGUUAGCAAGCAGUUCAGAGUCCCAUGUUUGUGUUUGUGUACUUCAUAUUGCCCAGUUUAUGUACUCUUACAAAUUCACUAUUUGAGCAAUGAAAUUGAAGUGGCACAUGCCCUUCCAGCCA